GCAUCAUCCAUACCAAGACCGACCGUUUGUUUCUCUUCAUUCCUCCUUAACCCAUCGUACUCACUUGUGUGCUCCGCUCGGUCAGCUCUUCGCGGCUCCUCAACAACAAGUUCCAACCCCUCAAUCUCCAUCCCUCGACUUUCCCAUUCGCUUUCCCUGUGGCCUUCCGAGUAAGGUCGCAAUCCCUUCACCAUGGUCCAGAUCAGUGAAGUGAAGGGCAAUUCGCGCGAGAACAGAACCGCCGCGCAUACGCACAUCAAGGGCCUCGGUCUCCGGCCAGACGGAACCGCAGAGACAACCGGCGAUGGAUUUGUUGGACAGGGUGCUGCCCGUGAGGCAUGCGGUGUUGUUGUUGAUCUGAUCAAGGCGAAAAAGAUGGCCGGCCGUGCCGUGCUUUUGGCCGGUGGUCCUGGUACGGGCAAGACAGCUCUGGCUCUUGCCGUAUCGCAGGAACUGGGAACCAAGGUCCCAUUCUGCCCCAUCGUCGGCAGUGAGAUCUACUCUGCCGAAGUGAAGAAGACGGAGGCGCUGAUGGAGAAUUUCCGGAGAGCAAUUGGUCUCCGUGUCCGCGAAACUAAGGAAGUGUACGAAGGCGAAGUUACGGAGCUCACGCCCGAGGAGGCCGAGAACCCAUUGGGGGGAUAUGGACGGACGAUCAGCCAUUUGAUCAUCGGACUAAAGUCCGCCAAGGGCACCAAGAAGCUGCGCCUGGACCCCAGCAUCUACGAGGCCAUCCAGAAGGAGCGUGUCACGGUGGGAGACGUCAUCUACAUUGAGGCCAAUACCGGCGCGUGCAAGCGUGUGGGACGCUCCGAUGCAUAUGCGACCGAGUUCGAUCUGGAGGCGGAGGAGUACGUCCCGGUGCCCAAGGGCGAGGUUCACAAGAAGAAGGAAAUCGUCCAGGACGUGACGCUACACGAUCUCGACAUGGCCAACGCCCGGCCGCAGGGCGGACAGGACGUGAUGAGCAUGAUGGGCCAGCUGAUGAAGCCCAAGAAGACCGAGAUCACGGACAAGUUGCGCCAGGAGAUCAACAAGGUCGUCAACCGCUACAUCGACCAAGGUGUGGCAGAGCUUGUCCCUGGUGUUCUUUUCAUUGACGAGGUCCACAUGCUCGACAUCGAAUGCUUCACGUACCUCAACCGGGCCCUCGAAUCCACCAUCUCCCCCAUCGUCAUCCUCGCCUCCAAUCGCGGCCACACCGUCAUCCGCGGCACGGACGAUAUCUCGGCCGCCCACGGCAUUCCUCCCGACCUCCUCGCCCGUCUCCUCAUCAUCCCCACUCACCCCUACACCCACGACGAGAUCAAGACCAUCAUUCGCCUGCGCGCGAAGACGGAAGGCAUCACCAUCACCGACCCGGCCUUGGACAAGGUGUCGGAACACGGCAGCAAGGUCAGCUUGCGCUAUGCUCUGCAAUUAUUGACCCCCGCCAGCAUCCUUGCCCGGGUCAACGGCCGGCCGGGUGGCAUCGAGGAGGCCGACGUGGCUGAGGUCGAAGAUCUCUUCAUCGACACCAAGAGAAGUGCUUUGAUCGUCAGCCAGGAUGACGACAAGUUCCUGAAAUAGAUAAUCCAAACAGAGUGAUGCCUUUUGUGAUCGGAGUUUAAUGAACGUAAGCUUUUUUUUGGUCUGGCCUAAUCCCUGUCUUUUUUUUCUUUUGUGAUGUACUUCGACAGACAGAUGGACUGGAACGAUCCAUAUGAAAAUUUUAAGAUUCUAAGCUUAGCUGGCAACUUA